AUGUCUCCCUCGUUUGACAAGCAAAAAGUGUCAUCAUCUUUGCCCUCGUUAUCUAUAUCCUCCUCCGAUGCAUCAUCAACAAGGAAUUCUACAGGCAUUUCCAUACGAGAAACAUGCUGUUGUUGUUGUAAUACAAAAUAUAGAUCCGUCUUUAUAUUUUCCUUUUUUGCAACGGUCUUAUUGAUUGUUGCAUUAUGGAUUGUCCCCGUGUUGAGAUUGGUACGAUGGAACUCUAAUUUAUUUUCUCAAACUGGACUUCGAUUUGUUGAAGACCAAUUUAACAUGAUGAUCAAAUCUCCAUCAGAAUAUGAUUUACAAGCAAAAGUCAAUGUCAUUUUACAAGCAGAAAAAGAAACAGGAAUACAUGUGAUUCACGAGUAUGGAAUUGCAAAAUUUUCUGACGAUUUGACGCAAAUUUUGAAAUUAUUUCAUGAAUUGAAAAUGAAACAGGAACGAGUCCGAGCGAGCAAUGCUAAAUUAUUUAGUGAGACAUUUAGACAAAAUUACGAAAAAUUAAUUCAAAUUUAUUCGAAUGUUUUGAUUCGUUCACAGUCAGUGCCAAGAGUGAUUCAUCAAACGUUCAAGACAAGUAAUAUUUCACAAUUGCCUAAUCAUUGGAAACUCUCACCUGAGCAGUGGCAGUUUAAAAAUGUUGUUGCCAACUCAUUUAUUGAAAAUUCCAUGACAUUGAGUGACAACUUCAAGUUUGAUUAUUCUUACAAAUUGUGGUCAGACACUGACAUGGAAGAAUAUUUACAAACUCAAGAUUGGAAAUCUGUCUCUGAAUUCAAUAAGAAUUAUUAUGAGUAUUUUUUCAAGAGCCUGCCACAAAAGAUUCAAAAAAUUGAUAUCAUCAGAUAUUGCUGGUUAUCACGAAUUGGAGGUGUCUACAGCGAUUUAGAUAUUCGACCACAGAGAAAUAUCGAACCCAUUCUUCGAUAUAUGGAGUUGUAUCAUGUCACUGAAGGGUUUUUCCUUCGAAAGUCAUACUUGCUUGAGAAAAUGAAGACCUUCCUGAAUCAAUUAGAAAGCGCUUUACAAAAAUCUCAAGUUGUACCAUCAUCAGAAGGCGAUUCUAGCACAGGUUUAGAAUCAUCUCUUCAAGAAAUUACUAGGGAUGUAUUGGAAAUUGUGAAUUCCCCAACAAGAUUUUCAGCGAUUGUUCCAAAAACUUAUCCAUUUGGCUUUUCGAAUGAUUUUCUUAUUGGUGUGAAAGAUUCUGAAUUUUUCCAGUUUGUAACAAUGAGAGCAAAAUUUGAAACUUUUCGAUGGAAAAUAUUAAGUUAUAUUCCUUUUGCAAGAUACGCCAACGUCAUGCUUACUGGUGGUCCCAUGUUUUUAACAGAUUGUGUUCGCCAAUUCACAGCUCAGAAACUAGCUCAAGCCCAGGAGAAUGGUUUUAGAUUUUCCAAUACUGUUGCUUUGCUGGAUUUGGGGUUAUAUGGUGCUAAUGAACGCUCUUAUUUGGUGCAUUCUGAUGGAAAUUCUUGGCAUACAUGGGAAGCUAAAAUUAUUAUUGAUACUUGGAGAAAAUUGAAUGGUAGUCAAUGGUUGAGAAAUGCUCUAUUCGUGACCGUGGGAGGAAUUACUCUAUUGGUUCUUAUUUACAUGUUUAGGAGAUUGCUCAAGAAAAAGGGAAUGCCUUUAUUCUGUAUGCGAAGAAAUGGCAAUGUUUCCUCACAUCAAGCAGCCUCAGAGAUGAUGUCAUUUGUGAAAAAGGAGAAUGACGUCCUUAAAAACGAUGAGGAGAGCUCGAUUGGCAUUACCAUUUUAUCUAGCCAUAGUAAGACAGACUCUGCGUCAUCACAGAACGAUGUGUCCGUCUCAACAGGAGAAACCGUGAAGAGACGCAAGAAUUAA